CUGAACCACUCGGGGCAAUGACAUCAUCUGUCAUCCAGUCUCGGCGCUCGAUCGGAGAACGUCCAGGAAAUUCGAAUUUUUGCAAUUACGAUAUGGUCACUGCGGAUCUUCAAAUUAUCAUGUUCACUUUACACGUGUGGCUGCACUGGCACGAGCGGAAGUGACGUCGAGGGAAGAGUUAUAUCAAAUUGUACCGUUACGCAUCGCCACAUAUCGCGCUUUUACGCGAUUUCAACAUGGGUUCGAGAGAAAAACCAGCUUGUAUGGAAUUUGUAUUUGUUAGAGAAGACAGCGAAAGUCGACAGGAGAAGGUGAAAGCGUUCUGGAAGUUUUUGGACAGCCAGAAUUGCUUGCAACCCCAUAAAGGUACAUUGGGGGAGGUACAUGAAUCAUCGGAAGCAGAAUCGGCAGCUUCGAGCUUAGAAGAAGCUAUAAAGGAGAAGGAUAUUUGGCGCAAAGGAUUGAAAGUCUUCCAGCAACUCGGUCUGGAUAAAGCUGCGUUCGCAGCCGAUAAAAAGUGUCGACCCUGUCAUAUGCAGAAAACAAUCAGUUGCGAGAAUCUAGCUGAUACGGUGACGGAGCCGUACGAGGAAUUGAACGCCGACAUGAAAGCUUUCGACGAACGUCAGAAAAGUCGCGCCUCGGAUCGGUGCAAAGCAUCUUAUGCCGGAGAUAAAUUAAAUCAACGCAACUCCUAUUAUGCGAAAACGAAAAAAUAAUAUUUAAUUUGUUAAUCUUUAAUUCUUCACUGAGAAAAAAAUGCUGUUGAUUCAAUUAAACGCGACGUCACGAACUGCCAUCAACAUAUGCAGUUGAUUCAACAGUAUAUUAGUAUAAACAAAAGCAUGACAUCUUGAUUUGAUUAAUAAUGUCAUUGAAUUAACAAAAUACUGAUGAAUCAACUGCAUAUGUUGAUGGCAGCCCGUAACGUCGACGUUUAAUUGAAUCAACAGUAUUUUUUCAGUGUUUGAUUUCAAUAUUUAAAUUCAACUAAUCAAUAAAAAAAUACAUGCGUUUAUUUAUUGGAAAUUAUCGGUUUCAAUCUUCUCGUUACUAAAAAAAAAAAAAAACGUUACGAGGAAAUUUCAAACGCAUGAUACGAUAAAUAACUUGCAAGAUGUCUCGAUGACAUAGAAUGCUUCACUGAUCGCACGUUUUUAAGCCGCUAUCGAAGAUAAGCAGUACACAUCAAUCGAUGUAAUCGAUGGCAGGAAUUACAACGUUUACGAUACUCGCGGCACACGAAGGCCGAGCUCUACUUCGAGGUUGUCAGUUGUUUAAUGGAAUUGGAGCGAGCCGGAAUAUGGAUGAGUAGGGUAGCGCACAUCUCUCUCUCCGGGUACCGUGCUGGUGUGUAUCGGAUUUCCUUAGUCCUCGGAGGUCGACGUUGUUUCGAGCAAGGUGCGCUGCGCCACGGGAGCUGCUGUGAAUGGACCGGCGGAUUCUGAAUCCUUACGCGACAUCUGGCCUCCUCCAACCGACGACAUCAUCUUCUUAUUGUCAGUUGGCCGUACAAGUGAGACACUUUGCGAACUCAAUUGGGAACCUCGCUCGCUAGGAUCUUCUCGAGAAUUUUCGCAACCGUAACUCCGUUCCACGCAACCCUGAUGUCUGACACGUCGCACGAGAGGGUCGUCCUGGUUUUCAUACCUCUUCCGCGAUGAUGGAACCGCACCAUCUGGAGCAUAAUGGACAUGCCGAUGGAAGAAGGACGAGCGGGACACGAACAUGCAGAGACAAAAGCAAGCGGUAAAAGGUUGAUCGAGGACCCCCCAACCGGGUGUUGGAGGACGACAUGGGCCCCUGACGACGACAUAGGGAGGUCCGGAGUAGCGCAAGCGGAACCGGGAUGAGGCUGCGCCGUGCCGAUCAGACGAACAAUGGAGGCGGGAUGCUCAUUUGUCUGCGGGCAUUGUUGUUCACCCGGCCGGAAACACGAGCCUCAUACUCUCCUUUUCCCCUCUCUGUUUCUCCAUCUCUCUUUUUCUCUCCCCCUCGCGUUCGCCAUCCGUGCAUCCUCCUCGUCAAUGUCUCCCUCCAUAUCCCGCGGUACCUUUUUCCAGUAUGAAAGUACCGCGAUGAUUCCGCCAAUCGUGUCGCUCGACGUCCGCAGGUCGAUGGUGCAAAAAUUCGGGAUAACCGUUUCCACCAUGUUCAACCGCGAGUCGACGCACAAUGUUGAAUGUGUCCCGACUCCGCUGACUUAUCGAUCGGUGAAGGCUCUCGCAUCGGGUCGUCAUUUAAAGGAGAUUCUUAAGAAGAAGAUAUCUCGGCUCUUGUAACGUGGACAAGAACAGAUAGACAACCGACAAUAUUGUUCUUUGUCAAGCAUUUCUAAUACGAGCACCUUUGUGCUCUGUCGUAGCAACCUAAUUUCUCCUUCGAGCUUUUGGCUGAUAGAUCCUAUUCAAAUUAUCGGUUGCUAAAGAGAGUCGUUAAUUAGUGACUAUCAUCUGCUACUCGAUAAUGUAUCUGAUAGCUCAUUAAUUUAAACAAUAAUAUAUAUAUAUACAUUAUGUAGCUUCUUAUAUAGAUAUAUAAUUGUAUACAAUUUAAUAGACUUGGAUCGCAUUCCAAGAGGUUUAAUAAUAUUCGCAUAAAUAAAUAUCAUUGAUUCGAUGA